CCGGGGGCGGGCGGCGCGGGGUUGGGCCGCGGCGGCGGGGCCGUCUCAGGCCGCCGUCCAGCCCCUCCCGUCCGGCUGCCGCCGCCGCCGCCGCCGCCGCCUGGGCUUGGUUGAGGCGGACGGUGGGGUCCGGGCCGGAGCGUGGCGCCGCCGCCGCCGCCGCCGCCGCCGCGCGAAGGUGCUAGCGGGCAGUCAGAAAAUGGGUAAGAAGAGUCGCGUGAAAACGCAGAAAUCGGGCACCGGCGCUGCAGCGAGCGUGUCGCCGAAGGAGACCCUGAGCCUGACCACCGAGCUGCUGCAGAAGUGCAGCAGCCCGGCGCCUGGCCCCGGCAAAGAGUGGGAGGAGUACGUGCAGAUCCGCGCCCUGGUCGAGAAGAUCCGCAAGAAGCAGAAAGGUCUGUCGGUCACCUACGAGGGGAAGCGGGAAGAUUACUUCCCCGAGCUCCUGAAAUGGGCCUCCGACAACGGAGCCUCCGUGGAGGGCUUUGAGAUGGGCAACUUCAAGGAGGAGGGCUUCGGCCUGAAGGCCACGCGGGACAUCAAGGCAGAAGAAUUAUUUUUAUGGGUUCCACGAAAAUUGCUAAUGACUGUUGAAUCUGCUAAAAAUUCAGUGUUGGGGCCCUUGUAUUCGCAAGAUCGGAUUCUUCAAGCCAUGGGGAACAUCGCCCUGGCCUUCCACCUGCUGUGUGAGCGCGCCAACCCCAACUCUUUCUGGCAGCCCUACAUCCAGACCCUGCCCAGCGAGUACGACACCCCUCUCUACUUUGAAGAAGAGGAAGUCCGCUACCUGCAGUGCACCCAAGCCCUGCACGACGUCUUCAGCCAGUACAAGAACACCGCUCGGCAGUACGCCUACUUCUACAGGGUGAUCCAGACCCAUCCUCACGCCAACAAGCUGCCCUUGAAGGAGUCUUUCACGUACGAGGACUACAGGUGGGCCGUCUCAUCUGUCAUGACCCGACAGAACCAGAUCCCCACGGAGGACGGCUCGCGGGUGACCCUGGCGCUCAUUCCUCUGUGGGACAUGUGCAACCACACCAAUGGCCUGAUCACCACCGGCUACAACCUGGAAGAUGACCGCUGCGAGUGCGUCGCGCUGCAGGACUUCCGGGCGGGAGAGCAGAUUUACAUUUUCUAUGGCGCUCGGUCAAAUGCAGAGUUUGUGGUCCACAGUGGGUUUUUCUUUGACAAUAAUUCACACGACAGAGUGAAAAUCAAACUCGGCGUGAGCAAGAGUGACCGGCUGUACGCCAUGAAGGCCGAGGUCCUGGCCCGCGCCGGCAUCCCCACCUCCAGCGUCUUUGCCCUGCACGUCACUGAGCUGCCCAUCUCUGCCCAGCUGCUGGCCUUCCUCCGUGUCUUCUGCAUGACCGAAGAGGAGCUGAGGGAGCACCUCCUGGGCGAGAACGCCAUCGACAGGAUCUUCACGCUGGGCAACUCCGAGUACCCCGUCAGCUGGGACAACGAGGUGCGGCUCUGGACCUUCCUGGAGGACCGCGCCUCGCUGCUGCUGAAGACCUACAAGACGACCAUCGAGGAGGACAAGUCCUUCCUGCAGAGUCACAACCUGUCCACGCGCGCCACCAUGGCCAUCAAGCUGCGGCUGGGCGAGAAGGAGAUCCUGGAGAAGGCCGUGAGGAGCGCCGCGGCCAGCCGGGAGCACUUCCGGCGGCAGAUGGAGGCGGCCGCCCCGCUGCCCAAGUACGAGGAGAGCGGCCUGGGGCUGCUGGAGGCCGGCGGGGCCGACUCGCGGCUGCCCCUGGGCCUGCGGAACCUGGAUGGGCCGGCGGGCGUGCAGGAGGCCCUGACUCACCGGCUCGUCAAUGGGGACAGCGUCAUCCCCAACGGGACCCGGCCGGACAAGGAGGACUCCCCCGCGGGAGCCGGUCAGAGGCUGGCCGAAGGCGCCAGAGAGUGUCCUCCAGACAGCGCCGGCGGGCUCCAGGGGUAGCCGGGCGGCGCAGAUGGCCGGGCGUCCACUCCCAGGGCCGCGGGCCGUCGGGGCACAGCGCCGGUUGCUUUCUGCAGAGAGGAAAAUACGUUUUUUGCUGCUUUCUAUGAAAUGAUUUUUUUUUAAGUUAUUUAAAAUAUCUAGCAUCCCUUUUUGAUUGAGAUUGCCAUCUCGCACCGGGCAGUUCGCGCGGGAGACGGGUGGGAGCACUCCCCCAGUGCCCACUGCACUGCCAGCCGCGGGGGCCGUGGGCCGUGUGGGGCCGGACUCGGGAGUCUGUCAGAAUCCCGCCCCCCUCUCCAGUGCCCCACCGCCAAAAACCAAGACACUCACCCCAGUACCCAAAGAAGGUAAGGUGGCAGGCUUACGGUUCCUAGUUUUAAUGUUCAUAACCCGGAUUCUUUGACCACUUGCUUCCCUAGUGAUUUCUAAAGAUCUGUUUCUUAGCUUUUGCGUUCUGUUUCACUGUAUUAAAUCUUGUCCCUUGCCCUGGAAUCCGAGGGGGCUGCGCACCCCCAGGUGCCAGCCCUGACGGGAGGGGGGCGCCGUUGGUUCUGGAGGAGCAGGGAGCAGGCAGCCCCCCUCCUCCCAGCGGCCCCCCAUCCCACGUCGCCCCGCCCCGCGGCUGCGGUCACAGCCAGGGGGCCCCCAGCUUUCCUGGUUUUC